AUGAUACGGCGUUUGAAUCCAGGCUCAAAAACCCUAAUUUUGACCUCUUGGUUGUGUUCUCUGAUAUUCCUGAUUGCCUGUGGAGGAACAGCGUCGCCGACGGUGCCCUCGGAGUCGGAACCUGUGUCGCCGCCGGCCGCCCCCGCCGAGCAGGAUACGCCGGUCCCUACAGCUAACCCGGUGCUUGUUGUACCGGAUGCCGGAUUCCUGCGGGCGUUGGAGCCUGAUGCCAAGUACGGUGGCACUCUGAAGUGGGGCGGCAUAGCAAGCUCUACUCUUUACGAUCUUCACCAGACCAACAGCAUAGCCAAUAUGGGACCGCAAAGGCCCAUGUAUGACCUCCUGGUGCAGGUAGAUCCCGUUGGUUGGGACGAGGUAAUCCCGGACUUGGCGACAAGUUGGGAGGUAUCGGACGACGGGUUGACUUACACCUUCUUCAUCCGUGAGGGGGUGACGUUCCACGACGGCGCUCCCCUGACCGCCGAUGAUGUUGCGGCCAGCUUCACCCAGAUCAUUUUCCCACGGGAAGGGGUGCUCAGCCCGCGGCAGACCCUCUUCGAGCCAGUGCAGGAGAUCGUGGUCGUUGACCCACUCACCGUUGAGUUCCGCCUUUCGGAGCCCAGGGGUUUUCUGCUACGCGCUUUUGCCGCCGGAUUCAAUGCGAUCGUGCGCAAACAGACCCUGGAGGACAACAACUAUGACCUGCGGCGAGUGCCCGACUACCCGGGCACCGGCCCGUUCAAGCACGAGAGCCUGGAGCCCGGAAUCGUACGGCGGAUGGUAAAGAACGAAGACUACUGGAACCCCGACCUGCCGUACUUGGAUGAAAUGCACGCCUUUCACCUUGACCUCGGCCCCAAGACCGGGGCAGCCUGCCUGGCUAACACGGUGGAUUUUUGCUGGGGCAUCGACCCGGUUACCGCCCAGAGGGUCCCGGACGUCGACGGUUUGAGCACCGUUGAAAUCUCUCCGGUGAUACGUAGCGGGAUGUACAUCAACGUCCACAAGAAACCUUUCGACGACCCUAGGGUACGCCGGGCUAUCAAUCUCGUUCUGGACAAGCAAGCUCUGCUUGAUUCCGUCGGUGAACUCACCGCUAUGUACCCACAAGGGUGGGUCGUGCGCAAUGACUCCCUCUUUGCGGAGCACUGGGAGAUGGUGAAGGACCAGCCCGGCUACCGCACUCCAACAGCGGAAGAUAUAGCGGAGGCCCAGCGGCUGAUGCAAGAAGCUGGGUACGGAGAUGGCGUCGAAGGCGUAGACCUUAUCGUACGAGACACCAUAGCCUUCGCCGUGGCUUGGGGCCCAAUCGUCCAAGACUUGUUGCAGCGGCAUCUGAAUAUUGGCUCCGACAUCCGGCUGACCGCUUCCGGGGUAUGGUACGAAGAGAUGGACCGAGGUAAUUGGGACCUAUCUCCCAUCGCUAUGGCCGUCGUGAUUCCGCACGUCGGAGAUUACUGGGCCGCCGGAUGGAAGACCGGGGGAGGCAGAAAUUACAACGACUACUCCAAUCCGGUCUUCGAUGAGAUCCUGGCCCAAGCGGCGCGCACGUCCGAUCCGGAAGAAUAUAAGACCCUGGUUUACCGGGGCGCCGAUAUCCUGGAGGAGGACUUGCCCUUCAUCACCUUCGGUAAUCUAGUCGUUUCAGUAGCUUGGUGGGACUACGUGCAUCCCGGCGCGACGGCUGCCAAAGGAGGCAACUUCUGGGACGGAAUGCGCCGGGAGAUCUGGUGGGUGGAUCAGGUCCAAUAA